GGCCGUGUUUUGGCAACGUACUCACAGGGAACUACAGUACAGUAUACUGAACCGCUGUCACUGUCGCUGCAACUGACGUCCCUCUCGUGUUGUACCACGCGUGUCCACUAAACUCUCAAGUCGUGACGCAAAAUUUGGCAAAGAUGACUCAAAAUCACCUGCCAGGUAUGGAGUCGUCUGCCAUUUCUGUACUGAAGCGGGCGGUGGAAUUGGACCACAGCGGUCGGUUUUUGGAGUCUCUCGUCUGUUACCAAGAAGGCAUUCAGCUGCUCAUAGACAUUCAAAAAGUAGUGAGCGAUGACUCGAAGAAAGGACACUACAGGGAAAAGAUAAAGGGCUAUAUGGACAGGGCAGAACACAUCAAAGCUCACGUGAACCAGAUGAAGGAAGAGGGGAAGUACCACGAGCAGGUAAUGAUAGCGGAGGAUGCCAUUGGUUACAGCUACGAGGCCAUUUUCAAGCCGUACAUCAGCGAUGCUCUCACAGAGGUCUGGGUGGAGGACCCCUACAUACGACACACUCACCAGUUGUACAACUUCUUGCGGUUCUGCGAGAUGCUACUCAAAGCGUCAUGCAAGGUGAAGACCAUCCAUCUCCUCACGUCACCAGAUAAUGUGGACGUCGGACCUCAGGCGAGCGCGAUGGCCGAGCUGACGCAGAGCCUCAGUGCUCACGGUGUCACUCUGGACCUGCAGUAUUCCACCACCAUACACGACAGAGAGAUUAGGUUUGAUAAUGGUUGGAUCAUCAAGAUCGGAAGAGGGUUGGAUUACUUCAAGAAACCAAAAGGACGGUUCUCCAUUGGAUACUGUGACUAUGACCUCAGGCAGUGCCAGAAGACCACAAUAGACAUUUUCCAUAAAAAACACACCAAAACGCUAUGAGACACACACAACCCCAAUUACCUUCCAUUCAACUCCAUGACAUGUUGUGUCAUUGACUUGCACAAAUGCACAUAUUUUUGUUUUUGGAUGGCAUAUAGUAAAACAUUCAUGAUCGUAAUUUAGUGAAGCCGAAGUUUUUACAUUUAUAAGUAAAUGAGUGUGAUCUGGAGCCUUUUAUAAAGAAACGGUCGGGUUUCGUUCAUGAAAAUUUGCAACAAUAACAGAUCAUUAUAAUAAUAUUUUGCUUCAACUUGCUCUGUCUUGUUUGCCAUUGCUAUUUUUUUACAGAUGUGUUUUAUGAGUCUUAUUAAAGAGUGUCAUUUUUAUGUUA